CAUCGCCGUGAUAAUCGACUUUUAGAAGCCCAGAAAAAACGUCUUCUCCCUGAAGAAUUUUUGUCUGUGGACAGAGAGAUUGUUGUUGAAGGCGAGAGAAGGAGCAAGAAGAUGAAGCGCACUUUGCAGACCGUUCAAAGAGGCGAAAUUGAAACAGUGACCGUGAUAUCAUCUGAACAAGAACCCAUCCUUAAUUUACCGGACCUGCUCAUGAAAUUGUAUGAAUGGGAUUGUGAAAUUCACCUCCACUUGUUAGAUACUUUUUUCCGCGGCAGCUGUGACGGUACUAAUGAUUCCAUAAGGUUGGAAGUUUUCCUGCACCGAGAAUUUGGGGAGCGCCUAGCAUCGUUCUACGGUCAUCUCACAUACGCCGCUUGGACUAAGUUCCAUGUUGUUGGCCUACCAAAGCUUGGGCUGCAUCUCCAGUCUGGAGCUGGCGUGACUGAUGUCAACAAGAUCCUGAGCGACAACUGCGGUGCUGAGACUAACACUGAGCCAAUAAAAUGA